AAAGCGAUCAUGGGUUCUUCUUCUAGAAAUCUUUAUGCAGGGAUUGGAGAAGGUCAAUCAACCUCUAGGCACCACUCUUCAAUGGCACCAACUACACAUAUUGGAAAGAGCGUAUGAGAAUUUAUAUCCGCUCAACCAACUUCGAGUUGUGGUUGGUCAUCAAGAACGGCGAAGAAACGCCAAUGAACAAGGUUGGGGAGAAACUUGUCCCAAAGACCGAGGACGAAUUUGAUGUCGAAGACACCAAAAAGGUGGAGAACUACGCUAAGGCAAUCAACAUGCUUUACUGCGCGGUCAACCCCGAUGAUUAUCGCAAGAUCUCUAGCUGCACCACCGCCAGAGAAAUGUGGGACAAGCUGGAGGUCACAUACGAAAGUACGGACGAAGUUCGGGAAGCCAAAAUUGACUUCCUCACGCAGGGGUACGAGAUGUUUAGGAUGAAGGAAGGCGAAAAGAUCGAUGACAUGUUCGAUCGGUUCUCAAAGAUCAUCAACGACCUUCAUGCUCUUAAGAAGACUUACGCCAACAAGGAUGUCGUGAGGAAAAUCCUGCGGAGUCUCACACCCGAAUGGAGAUCAAAGGCCGACGCAAUCUACGAAUCUAUCGGAGUCUCCAGCGUCACCAUCGACGGGUUAAGAGGUAAGCUCAAAACUUAUGAAUCCACUAUUUUAACCCCGUCUUUGGAUGAACAAAAGAAGAAAGGAAUAGCGCUCAAAACAACCAAAGAGACGGUGGAAGAAGUCUCAAGCGAUGAUGACAACGAGUUUGGACACGUCAUCAAGAAAUUCCACAAAUUCAUGAAGAAGGAAUUUGAGCGCAAAGGAAGAAAGCACGACAGUCCCCCGAAGUGCUAUGGCUGUGGCGAGAUAGGCCACAUCAAGCCGAGGUGUCCAAGAGGCAAAAACGGCAAGGACAAACCCGGCUUCAAAAAGCAAAGAGCGUAUAUCUCGUGGGGUGGCGACUCCGACGACGAGUCAAUCGACCAAGAAGAGGAUGAAGCCGCCAACCUCUGUCUCAUGGCACACGAAGACCACGCCGACGAAGUACAAGAGGGACGGUUCGAAGUAAAGAAAUCUGGAAGAGGAAAGAAGACGAAGUCUUCCAAGAAGAAAAGCACCGCCAAAGCCUCAAGCUCUGCGCCCCCGCCGUUUCCCUACCUCGACGGAUCUUUUCUCGAGUUUGGCUCGGAGGAGGAACUCACUCGGUUUCUAACACACUUCGUCAAACGCCCAAUCUCUCUACCCCGCAUGCUCCCGGAGUUGUUUCCUCAAGACAAGGGGUACCACGACCUCGACAAUCAACUCAAAGCAUCGGGUUUGUGGCCCUUCAUCUCCAAGAGCCGCACGUCCUUCAAUCCUGCCUUCGUCCGGGCUUUCAACUCCAAUCUCCACUGUGACGGAGACACCAUCUACAGCAGCAUCAAUCUCUACGACAUAGAGAUUGACUUGCCGACUUUUGCACGGAUCGCAGGGCUACCCAUCCGAGGCGACCAAAUCGCUACGUAUGGUGGCGACGAUUGGAUCCUCAACAACGAGGCGGUGGUCAUUCGAGAGCUCUGGAUCACCAACCUCAUCCGCCACAGCGGCGUGCCGACGAUCCACUCGGCCCCAGCGGAGAAGCGCCUCCUCCUCUACAUUCUCACCCGGAUCCUCCGCCCCCGGGAUGGCAUCCACACCUCGCUCUUCAACGAGGACAUGGAGGCGAUUCACGCCAUCAUGCACGGCACCUCCAUCAAUUGGGCAAAAUUUGUUAUAAUUCACAUAACUGAUUGCGCUUCCCUCUACACCGAGCGGAGCUUGCCGUACGCCUUCCUCGUCAUGGACCUCAUCGUCUCUACCGACAUCCACAUCGCUGGGCCAAGCACGAAGAUGACGAAGCUCUGGAUCAUUGCCGACAACACCUUCAAGAAGAAGUCUGAAAACUUAGACGACGCUGGACCGAGUCGUGCCCUUGCCCCUGCCCCUGCCUCCGCUCUCGCCCGGGCCUCUUUGCAGUCCAUAGCCGACACCCUGAAUCGGCUAAACCUCACGGUGGACGGCAUGGGGCAAUACAUGGAGCGGAUGGACUGGACGCUGCAACGCCAACACCACGACAUGACGGCGUUCUUCCGAGGCAUCAACUACGUCCCACCGCCUUUUGACAGCAACAUCCUCGGCCAAAACUUCGAGGGCAAGGAUGAGGACGACGACUCCUACGCUCCGAAGAAGAAGAAGCAAGAAAUCAUCCACAAUUUCCAAAUCUUGAGUUCAAAACGCAGCAGCAACUUCAAGGAAUAUCCGGAAGGUAUCGUAGAGAAGGAAUCCACAGAAUCAAACGGGUUGCAAUUCCGUGAAGAAACGAUGGAGAUAUGCCCAAAAUACGGCAGGCUGUCCAAUUGUGACGAGAAUGACAAAGUUAGUGAAUUUCGAUGUUGUUUCCACUCCUGCUCAUCCUUAAGGUUUCAGCCAAUGAUUUCCAGGAGACCUGGCCGGCGGCAGCCUGCCUGGCCGCCGGACAGAAGGCGGCGACGGCGAGAAAAGGCUCCAACAGCGAGGGGGAGCACUGGCGGGCUGGCAGGCUGCAGCCUAACUGCCCGCCUGUCGACGGCGACCAGGGAUUCCGGCGAUUCUAGAGAGUUCUUCAGCGGCACCGGCGGGCUGGCCGGCGGCCGCCGGUCUGCUCGCUGGUCGGUGAUCCUCUCCUACAAAUGGCCAGCGCGGAUCAUCCCUUUUCCCAGGCUUCUCCAAUCGGUUCUUCCCCUUUUUGGGGCAAAAAUCUUCACUUUUUACUUAUAAAUAUUGUACUAAAUUUGAGUGGGUUAAAUUUCAUCAUUCCAAGUUAAUUUUCAAGUCUUUGAAGCACUUUCGUCAAAAAUUCCAUUUUUCAUCCUUAUUGAGUUUCAGAGUUCUUUUUAAACAUCUUAGAGUGUUGAUCUGAAGAUUUUUGCGAUUUGUAUUCCGUUCUUCAAGAUCUGAAAACAAACGGAAGCCAUCACAAUGAGCCUUGCCAGUUUUCGCACCAAAAAGUGUUUUAAUGCAUAAAAUAAUUUUCUAUUAAAAAUAGCUUUUUAUUUCUAAUCUUGGCCAAAUUUUUAACUUUUUAUGAUCAUUAAAAUCUUGCCUCUCAUCAUAUGCUUCACACUAAGUGUGAGGAAGAUUGACAUGCUUUGAUUUUUCUACUCGCAUCCCGCAUUUGGACCUCGAGGACGAGGUCCAGCUUAAGUGUGAGGAGGUAGAAUAUCAGUUAUUCAAGGAGACCUGCAAAAUAUUUUCAUCAUUAGACGUUAAAGUUUAUUAAAGUGUAUCAAAUGUUCUUCAUGAAUACUUUGUGCAUGGGAGUUAGAAUGAAAGAAAGAUUCGCUCUUUUAUAAACUUUUUCAUCUUUUGGAAUCAUUAUUUGAGCGCUUGAGGUGAGUGGGGGUUCAAAGGGCUCGAAGUGCUCGGGUGUUGGUAUGCCAUUAAAUUUCAAUUUUCUUAAGCCUUCUGUGUUUAUAUUUGAUCAUUUAUGAGAUGAAAAUUGAAAAAUUCUGCACUUUUAAGGCUGAUUUUUGAGUACCAAUGGAAAAAUUCUGCACUUCUCAAUUUGAUUUUUGGGCUAUAAACUGAAAAUAUGCACCUUGUAAGCUUGUUUUUUUGAGUGCAGAAUGAAAAUUCUACACUUUU